GAGUGAUUUUAGCGGCACCGCGCUUCAAUUAGAAAAGUAGCUACCUGAUUCGAGCCACCUAGCGUUAGCGACGUUUUCUGCGCGCAGAGUGCCUUAGCAGCUACACUUCGGCAAGCGAUUUUAGUGAGGGACGCUACCUGCUACCAGAGACAGAUAAAAAAAAUGGCGGACAAUCAAGACGCUGAGAUGAACGGUAUGGAAAGUGAGGAUAAUCAACAUACCAUGGACAGUGACACAAAUGGUGGAGGUGGCGGCGGCUCCGAUGGCCAGAACGGUCGCGAUGACGACCGGAAGCUGUUCGUCGGCGGGCUGAGCUGGGAAACGUCCGACAAGGAGUUGCGCGAACACUUCGGCCAGUACGGCGAGAUUGAGAGCAUAAAUGUGAAAACCGACCCGAACACCGGCCGGUCGAGGGGCUUCGCGUUCAUCGUGUACAAGAGCGCCGCCUCGAUCGACAAAGUGGUGGCCGUAUCCGAGCACAUUCUCAACAACAAGAAGGUCGAUCCGAAGCGGGCAAAGGCACGCCACGGUAAAAUAUUCGUCGGCGGUCUUACCUCCGACAUCAGCGACGACGAGAUUCGCUCGUUCUUCGGCCAGUUUGGCAACAUCGUCGAGGUGGAGCUGCCGUUCGACAAGCAGAAGAAUCAACGCAAAGGAUUCUGUUUUAUUACCUACGACUCGAUGCAGGUGGUGAACGACCUGCUGAAAACGCCGAAGCAGACCAUCGCCGGCAAGGAGGUGGAUGUGAAGAAGGCGACCCCGAAGGCGGACAACAUGAUGGGCGGCGUUGGCGGCGGCCCGAUGGGUAUGGGCGGCCGGGGCGGUGGUGGCAUGCGCGGAGGCGGUGGUCCAUCGCGAGGCAUGCGCGGUGGUCGUGGCGGAGGGAAAGGAUUCGGCCAGGGAUGGGGUGGCGGCCAGGGCGGAUACGGGGGUGGUGGAUUCGAUGGCGGAUACGGAGGCUACGGUCAGGGCGGUUACGGAGGUGGUGGUGGUGGGUUCGCCAACGACUACGGGUACGGAGGAUUUGACGGGGGCUAUAUGAACGGUGGCCGUGCCGGAGGCGGUGGUGGCGGCCGGGGAGGCGGCGGUAAGGGCUUCGGUUCUUACGGUGGAGGUGGUGGCAAGCAGCGAGGAGGUGGCGGUGGUGGGGGCGAUCGUCAGACGCGCCACACGCCGUACUAGAGCGCGCUAACAAAUUCUUCCCACCUGAAAGCAGCAAAAUCUGGAGCCCGAAACCCGGUUCCCUUUUCUACGCGCAUUUUCCGUUUUCCCAUAACGUUAAGAAAAUAAACAGAUACCAUACACACAUCAAUUGAACUCACCUUUUUCAUGUCACUCAAUCUCAGAGUUAGCUUUUCUUCAUUGCAACUUGUUUCGCACGCGUUAAGGGCCAACGGUUCGGUUUCUCCCUUGAAUUACUUAAAUUCGCCAAGAUAACGGAGCGUUAUUUUUGUUUGUAUUUUUUUUUUUAUUCGUCCAGGUAUUCGCAAUUAUGCCUAUCAAAUAAUAAUUACAGAGUAGAAUAAUAUAUUAAUCAUAAUAAUUACAUAAAAAGAAACGACUGUAUGGAUAUUUUAAAGUGUAAAAUGGACAAUGAUAAUGAAAAUAGAGACAUGAGUCAAGAAAUGGGA